CCCCACCAAAGCUUCUUCCAACGAUACGAGCGAGUACGUACUUGUCGAGUGCCCUGUAUCGUACCCGGUCCGCACCCAUGGCCGCCAGCAACGCGAAGAGCCACGGCGGCGGCGGAAGGCGCCACCAGCUGGCCUGCCUGUACACCCGGCACAAGACGCAGAAACGAAAGGUCUGGAAGGAYGGCCGGCUGGUCCUGGACGAGRGAUCGGGCAGGGCGGUCCUCCACGACGCGGAUCCACCKCCGGGCGCGGGGGAUCCCUCCCUGGGGGAGUCCGAGCUCUCCCCCGGGGAGUGCCUGGCCAUUCUCCGCGACAAGAGCGGAGCCAUCGAAACGGAGCGCUACCUCGUCGAGGUGGAGGGGCCCUGGGGGCCGGCGACCAAUCCAGCCACGAACGCGGGUGCGGCCGCAUCGACAAACACGGAGACAAGCGCACCGAGGCCUCUCGGUCRUUCGCGGCAGGGGCUGCGGGCCAGGAAAAACCCCAUGGACAAACUCUAUUCCUCCAAGUUCCAAACCCCGGGGGCCUGCAUCCCCCCGCCGUCCCGUGCGAGCCGGGCGGAACAGGUGCUGGCGAAGCGGAAACGCCCGCUCCAGCCGGGAGAGCUCGUGGCGAUGCACCACGGAGGCGGGAAGGGUCCCCAAGGGGCCGGCGAUCGGUUCGGACUUUACCGGCAGCAGCAGCAGCCGCAGUAUCAUCAUCAGCAGCAGCGGCAGGCGUCGUUCGUUCCGCACCAUCCUCAGCCACAUCUUCAUCCGCAGCAGGGGCCGACUCCCCGCGAUCGAUACCAGGGGGGACAUUGCCGUCCACCGGUCCCGGGGCGGACCGAAGAACGCACCGCGGGAAAUCCCUCUGCGCUUCCACCCCAGCUGCCUGUUCCGCCGCGAUCCGCCCACCGAGGGUCCCCUCCCGGGAAUCCCCACACACCGCCGGCAUCCGCUGCUCCUCCGGCACCCCCCGGCCCCUGGGGUUUCACGGCUCGGGGGCAACGCUUCGGUGSUCGUCGCGGCCGGGGCGGGGGCGGCAGCCACGGGUUUGCCCAAAACGAGUUCGAUGCGGCGAGGUAUUACGGAAUGGACGACGACGACGACGACCAAGAGGAGGACGAAGGAGACGAGGGAACCGAACCAUUGUCCGUGGGAUUCUCGAUCGCACCGGCAAUUCCACCGCCACAUGCGUCGCCGUCCGAAGCCCAGAAUCCAUCCGUCCGUUUCCGAUCGGGAGGACCAAGCUCACCGGGGGUCGGUGGGUGGGGCAGCAAUCACCAACGGGAUCGCGGGGAAGGCAAUCGCCACAAAAUCCGAGCUUCGGACGACACCGAGGGAGUGUCUCGAGUUGACACGGCUUCUGUGAGCAACCAUCCGUCCGGGGAAGAGAGGGAUCGGGAUCCUCKGGACAAGUCCCACGGCGAUCGACCGCAGCCGGGAGAACUCCCACCAAGCGAUCCAAACCACAAUCCACGACAGCAACCRCCGAACGACCCACGMACCCGUUCCCAACCACCGACACACACAAGUGGCAGAAUGGGGGUGCGGGAGGAAACCACCARCAGCGGCUACAAGACCAGAGACGAGGGUUCUACUCCACCGAGCCAAUCUACCGGGGGGCAAACGAAAAAGCUCGAUGCCGACGAGGUCCGUGGGACCCAAGGCCGGGAGCCGGCGCGUCCUCCGGGGACAAACCAUUGCAACCACGACGAGGAGAGGGAUCUCGACAGCGAGAGCGACUCCGACGACGAAUCCCAUCACGACGACCGUGGGUUGGGGGGUGUUGGAUGGCCGUCCUCGUUUCGAUUGAAGCCCUUCGAACAGUCCCCGUCGGACGGAACCGCAAACCAGAAGCAAGCUGGCACCGGUUUCACCGCGUCGUCGUCGUCGUCGUCGUCUCUGUUGCCUGGGAACCGGCUCCUGGCUCUCUUUGGGGCUGCAUCCGGGACCAGUGGGGACGGCGAAAAGGAAAACUCCGUGCCGAAAGCACAGGGGACGACACCGGACAACGUUGCGGCAGACAAGCCCGGUGGCGCUGCUACGGCGACAAACGACGUGGACCGCGGSCCGAACCCGGGGAAACCCGCUGCCGGCUGUAGUGGAUUUUACCUGGCGCCUACCGCUUCGUCGUCGGAAGAAUCUUCCAGCGACAGCGAGGAAGAAUGAGCCACCUACCGGAUUGGCUCGGGUCGAAUCGAUGCU